AUGGCGCCCCUUGUAAGAAUAGGAGGUUUCGAAACGUUGCGUAGAGCGCCUGUUAGCAGCACAGGCCGUAACCUUCUUCUGAUUCGGCACCUCCGCACACCGCUUCAGCUUCUGUUCGUUACGUUCUUGUUACUACUGUUGCCCGCACCCACGCCCGCGUUUCACGCGAGCAACCGCAUCGCUGCAGCCGUGGACUCGAAUGGCCUCUCACCAUCCAACCCGCGCACUCCCUCUUCCUCCGCUGCGCCACCUGAUACCGCCACACAGCCGACGCUCCUCGGUUCUCAUCGGCCGUUGGGGGAGGCCACUCAGGGGGAGGCCAUUCGGAGAGAUGCCACACGAGGGGAAGCCACACGGGGGGAAGCCACACGGGGGGAAGCCACACAGGGGGGAGCCAUACGGGGGAAAGCCACGCGUGACGUAGAAGUGCGCGAUGCUGCGAGCGAUGGGGGGUUACGGCAAGAGGCGGAGACGCGGGAAGCGUUUCCGCCAUGCAGCAGCGUGCCGCGGCCGCGCUGGUGGCUGCUGGGCGCGCUGGCUCGUGCGGCCGCGGAGGCCUUCAACGCCACCUCGCCGCUCGCCGCCAUGGAACGGCGUCCCGCUCGCGCCGCCGCUACCGCCCGCCCUCCCUCUCUGCGCCCCGCCGCUGAUCUGCCUCUCGUCGUCGCGAUGGCCGGCGACUUUCUCGCCGGGAACUUGAGUGCGAGUCGGGAAAGGAAGCGCGUGUGGCGCAGUGGUAGGAUGAACCCGUUUCUGCGGAGCAGCAGAAGCAUGCUGUCAACAGCCCAGCGCCGCCCUCCGCCACCCGCUGCUCGACGCACGCCCGCUCGAAGAACCCCCUCCCUGCCGCCGCCCGCUGCUAAGAAGCAGGCGCCGCUACCCGAGAUCACCUCGCGGUCCCCCGGUAAGAGCACUGGCGGGUCGCCGGGGAGGAAAGCUGAGAACCAGCCGAAUGCGCCGCCGCCACCGGCUAAGAAGGGCCGGAAGAAGAAGCUUGCGCCUCCUCCUUCACCCCCAUCUCCCCCCGCGCCCCCUUCUCCGCCGCCGUUCGGCGUACAGUCCCCCGACUGCCAGUACGGCGCGGAGAAGUCGCUGGCGGAAUGCGCGAUGGGGUACGCGGGCGCGGCGGGUGUGCGCGGGGCGCAGGCGCUGGGGCUGACGCGGUACACGGUGGACAGCGAGUUCGACACGCUGGACGGGUCGCAGAUGGCGGUGGGCACGCUGCGGUGGGCCGUGACGUACCUGCGCGAGGGCGCGUACAUCCAGUUCGCGCGCAGCAUGCAGAUCGUGCUGCAGGGCAGCCUGUACGUGCGGUCGCGCACGACGAUCGACGGGCAGGGCUUCCACGUGCGGCUGAGCAACGGCACGCUGCUGCUGCAGAACGCCGUCGACGUCAUCGUGCACAACGUCGAGGUGAGCGGUGCGGCGAGCAACCUGAUAAUGGUGUACAACAGCAGCAAGGUGUGGGUGGACCACUGCCGCCUCGUGGACGGGCGCACGGGCACCGUGGACGUGGGCAAGGGCAGCACGGACGUCACCAUCUCCAACUGCUACAUCAGCAGCCCCACGCCCACCAUGCAGGUGCGCCCCUCGCCUUGCGCUGCCUCCUGCCGCUGCCCACUGCAGCUGGGGCUGUCAGACGGAGAGGAGGCGGAUCGCAUGAUGCGCGUGACGCUGUACCGCAAUUGGUUUGACUCCUCCUACACCAUGCAGCCGCUGUGCCGCAAGGGCUCCUGCCACGUCGCCUCCAACCUCUACACGCGCUGGACGUCCUUCUGCCUCGCGGCGCGCAGGGGCGCAGUCGUGCGGUCGGAGAAGAACGUGUUCCGCGCUGACCCUGUGGGCGGGCGGGCGGAGGUGACACCGUGGUACAAUGGCAUGCUGCCCACGGACAGCAACUAUGACACCACUGCCACCAUCCGCUCCCUGGACGACUUGCUGCUUGGAGGUGCCACGUUCCACCAGUGGGUGGGGGCCAAUGCGCUCUUCACGCCGCCCUACUACCUGCCGUUCUUCCGCAACACGCGCCUGCUGGAGGCUUUUCUCAUGGUCAACUGCGGGCCCAAGUACGACACAGUUGUCGCUCUCCCCCCUGCCUCUCCCCCGCCCUCCCCACCACCAUCACCCCCACCUCCUCCCCCAUCCCCUCCCCCGCCACCAUACGUCCCGCCCCCACCCAUCCCCCCGCCACCCCCUCCGCCAUCGCCCCCUCCAGCGCCGCCCCCGUCGUCAUCGGACUGCCAGUACACCCCGGCGGCGUAUGGCGCGGGCAUAGUGGGGUGCGCCAUGGGGUAUGCGGUGGGGGAUCAAGGCACGGGGCUAGCGGGUAUAGCGGCGGUGCCCGACAGCACUGCGCACGUGGUGCUGUACAACAGCACCACCGUGUGGCUGGACCACUGCCGCUUCUCCAACAUCUCCAAGGCCGCACUCGACGUCUCACGCCUCUCCUCCGCUGUCACCGUCUCCAACUGCCACUUCACCCCGGGAGCUCCCUCCUCCGCUGCGGUGCUGCUGGGCAGCAGCGACAGCGACACCUCCUUGGCCUCUCUCACCGCCACACUCUACCGUAACUGGUUUGACCGUGCCCCGCCCGGCCAGCCCGUGUGCCGGCGCGGCAGCUGCCACGUGGCGAGCAACCUGAUGAGCGCGUGGGCAGGGGCGGCCAUGGAUGCGCGUGUGGGAGGGCAGGUGCUGCUUGAGAACACCCUCCUCUCCUCUGGCGCUGCCUCACAGGCUGUGGUGGCUGCUGCUGCCACGAACCCUACCGGCACCGUGGUAUCCGUGGGCAGUGUGCUGAUGGGCGCUGCCGUGUGGGGCCGUGUGGCAGCACCAGGCACCCCCACCUUCACUCCUACGUACUCCUUGCCUUCGUCUUCUCCAGACGCCAAGUUUGCCCAGUUCUUAAAGCUCGCACCCGGUGCUACCCCUCCUAUCCCCCCCUGCUUCUCCUCCUUUCCCCCCGGUGCUACCCCUCCUUCCCUGCUUCCCCCCAUCCCCUUCCCUGCUUCCCCCCAUCCCCUCCCCUUCUUCCCCCCAUCCCCUUCCCAGCUUCCCCCCAUCCCCUUCCCUGCUUCCCCCCAUCCCCUUUCCUGCUUCCCCCCAUCCCCUGGCACCCGCACUCUCACUCUCCUUUCCUCCCGCACUCUCUCUCUCCGUCCUCUCCCACUCGCACUCUCCUUCCCCCCACCCUCUGCCCAGUUGUCACCUGCCCUCCCAAUGCCUGCCUUUCCCUCCCUGCCCUGCGCUUUCCUUCCCCAUCCCUUCUCAACCCUUCCCUUCCUUUUCAUGCCCUCCCCUUCCCCCUCACUCCUCACCUUCCACCCUCUAGUUCCCAUGCACAGGGGGGAAGGAAGGGUGAUAUACCAGUUUGCGAUAAAUUCCCCUAAUUUCCCCCCAAUCCCCCCUCCGCUCCCUCUCAUUCCCCCCUCUGCUCCCUGUCAUUCCCCCCCCCCCUGCUCCCUCUCAUUCCCCCCUCUGCUCCCUCUCAUUCCCCCCUCUGCUCCCUCUCAUUCCCCCCUCUGCUCCCUAUCAUCCCCCCCCCCCCCCCUGUUCCCUCUCAUUCCCCCCUCCGCUCCCUCUCAUUCCCCCCUCUGCUCCCUCUCAUUCCCCCCUCUGCUCCCUAUCAUCCCCCCCCCCCUGUUCCCUCUCAUUCCCCCCUCUGCUCCCUGUCAUUCCCCCCCCCCUGUUCCCUCUCAUUCCCCCCUCUGCUCCCUCUCAUUCCCCCCUCUGCUCCCUCUUAUUCCCCCCUCUGCUCCCUGUUAUCCCCCCCUCCGCUCCCCAUAA